AUGGAAUCGACUCACAUAAACGCAUUCGCAUUAUCUUACGAUAAAAAUCGCCUAAGUUAUUGCGGUCAAGAUUGCCAAAGAAUACCGCCAGCGUUGUGGAAUAUGUACGGAGCUAAAGUAAAUUACCUAGAUUUAAGUUAUAACAACAUAGAGACCCUGAAGGGCUUGGAAAAUUUCACGAGGCUGGAAGAAUUAAUUCUCGACAACAAUAAAUUGGGGGAUUCCGUUAAAUUUCCACAUUUGCCUAAAUUAAAAACUUUAUCGAUAAAUAAUAAUCAGAUAACUGAUUUAGAUUCACUAAUAGACAAAAUAAGCGAAAAUUUUCCAUCACUUACGUACCUAAGUCUGCUCAGUAAUAAAGCAUGUCCAAACCAACUCUCAGACCAAGAUAAAGACGACACGGACUACCAAAGAUAUAGAUAUUUUGUACUGUAUAAACUCCAAAACUUACGAUUCUUGGAUUCCCGACGUGUUUCUGUAGCGGAGCACAGGGAAGCGUCCAUACGAGGCGAGUUUAUGCGCGUGCGGAGGCCGACCAGCGUUAGUGCGCCCGAAGCACCGCCCGUCGCUACUGCCCGGCCUUUGCCUGUGGAUCUAAACUCACUGGGCAAACACAAAGGCGCAUAUGGAAAAUGUGUAUAUAAAUACACGGGAAAGCACUCUGAAGGUAAUCGGUUUAUACUCAAUAGUGACUUA